UUAUUCGGACAAUGAUACCGCUUACUAAACAUUAUCUAAAUGGAAACCUUUUAGAUGUGCUUUGUGCGUACCUUAUUUAACCAAACGAUGUGGAUCCCUUUGAUUCAUUCUCACUUCGCCGCUCACAGGAACGGCACGGUCGUAAAGCGACUGAAAUGUGGUCUAAAAUAAAGGGCCACGUCGUGGUAUUUUACCGACGAUUCGAACAUACUUGCGAACAUCUGACAGUUCACGGACCAAGUUUCUUCAUGCGGAAAGAUGUACAUUUUAUAUACAGGUUAAUUUACUUUAUCAUUUAUGUCCAAGUAUGGAUCGCUGCGGUAGCCACGAUUCGCAGAUACUACAACCAUUACCAAGAGAACACUAUUCGAUUUACCACGAGAACGGAUUAUCUAGAUUGGAACACAACUUUUGCAUCGAUAACCCUUUGCGAAAUACCCAACGUUGACAAAAUAUAUAUGCUUAGCCAGGAAAUCAAUCCUGGAGAUAAAGGUAAGCUUGACCGAUUCAUCGGUGAAAUUGGAUUUUUCAACGGUUUAUGUCACAGCUGCUUCGCUCUCUGCGACAACGAACCUCUCUGUCCCACAGAUUUUGGUCAACUAAGUCUGGCUGUUCGUUCAGAAUGCAAAGAUUUUUUACUAAGCUGCAAAUGGAAUGGAAACCCUUUCGAAUGUUGCGGCAGUUUUCAACCUAUAAUAACGGAGUAUGGCACGUGUUAUUCAAUGAAUAAUGUACAUGGUCCCGAAAAGUCACCUGUUUACCAAACAUCAAAUAAAGAUAGGCAGGCUUCAAUAGAAAUUGUAGCGUCACAAGAUUACGAAGCAUUCCUGCACGCACCGGAGGACAUACCAUUCUGGAACAUGGAAUACGAUCGGAGGUUGACAGUUCUAUAUGGUGCAGAAGCUAACGUGAUAUAUUCUAUAAUAAAUGUCGUGAAUGAACCAGAAGUGUCUUUGCUAUCUCCAGAAUAUCGUCAAUGUAGAUUCCCUAAUGAAGUUCCAGAAGAUUAUAUAGCUUACAAAUACUACAGUUACUCUGGUUGUAUUAGCCAAUGCCGUAUAAAUGCACAGUUAGAACUCUGCAACUGCACUCAUCACUUUUCCCCUCAAAUAUACGAGGAACGGUAUUGUGAUUUGGAAGGAUUGAAAUGCCUAUCGAACAACUUUAGGAUAUUGAGAAAACUAAAAGUGCCGGGGAUGAAUGAGACGGGCUUAAUUUGUGAUUGUUUACCGUCAUGCGAAGAACCGGAUUACAAUGUGGUAGCUAAAGAUUUUUUGGAACCUGAAGAAAACGUAAGAGCGAGGAGCGCAAGAUUUUCUUUGAGUAACCGGCCCUAUGAACGGAUUACCCGGCAGGUUGCCCGCACGACGCUUGAUCUCGUAGUCGCGAUUGGAAACAGCUUCGGUCUCUGUUUUGGCGGUUCUCUGUUGUCUAUUGUAGAAGUAAUUUAUUAUCUUUGCUUUAAGCGAUGGAAGUACAAGAAUUAAGGAUU